AAAAAUAAAAUAAAAUAGCCAGAAAGAAAUAAAUGAGAACGAGACCAUAAUUUAUAAAAGUCUUCAGUAGUUGUUCAACUAGUGACAAAAUGGAGCGCCCUUGGUUUGCCUUCAUUAUCUUGUGUUCGUGGUUUGUUUUGAGUCGAUCUGUGCAUUCGGAAGAUGGAGUCGGUGUGCUUUCUUACUUAGACAGCGAUGCUGUGGUAUCUGGUUCUCCUUCCAAUCCUCUCAUGGUCCCCCUCACUCUUAUUCAAGGAGCUGAUUCUAAAGGAGCUGUGUGUUUGGACGGGACGCUGCCUGGUUACCAUUUGCAUCUGGGGUCUGGAUCAGGUGCGAACAGCUGGCUCAUUCACUUGGAGGGAGGUGGGUGGUGUCAUACCAUUAGAGAUUGUGUCUUCCGUAAAACUACACGUCGCGGUUCGUCAAAAUUGAUGGAGAAACAAUUACCAUUUACGGGAAUAUUGAGCAACAAAGCUGAAGAAAAUCCUGAUUUCUUCAACUGGAACAGAGUUAGAUUACGUUACUGUGACGGGGCAUCCUUCAGUGGGGAUAGUCAAAAUGAGGCUGCACAACUUUAUUUUCGAGGACAGCGUAUCUGGUUAGCUGCUAUGGAAGAUUUAAUGGCCAACGGAAUGCAAAAUGCUGGACAGGCUCUUCUUUCUGGAUGCUCUGCUGGGGGUCUAGCAUCAAUAAUUCAUUGUGAUGAGUUUCGGGACUUAUUUCCCAAAACAACUAAAGUGAAAUGCCUAAGUGAUGCUGGAAUGUUCCUUGAUGCAGUUGAUGUAUCUGGUGGACGCACCCUAAGAAAUUUGUAUGCUGGCGUGGUGAGCUUACAGGAAGUGCAAAAGAAUCUGCCUAUUACUUGUACCAGUCAGCUGGAUCCAACUUCUUGCUUCUUCCCUCAAAAUUUGGUUGGAAACGUCAAGACCCCUUUAUUUCUUCUCAAUGCAGCAUAUGAUGUAUGGCAGGUCCGCGCUAGUUUAGCUCCAUCAUCAGCUGAUCCUCAUGGUAAUUGGAAAGAAUGCAAAUUCAAUUUUGCACAUUGUAAUUCUUCACAGAUCCUGUUUCUCCAAGACUUUAGGGAUCAAAUGCUCAAUGUUGUAAAGACUUUCUCAAAGUCAAACCAAAAUGGGGUAUUCUUAAAUUCCUGUUUUGCUCAUUGCCAGUCUGAGACGCAGGAUACAUGGUUUGCUGAUGAUUCUCCUAAUAUUGGGAACAAGAGGAUUGCAGAAUCUGUUGGAGACUGGUAUUUUGAUCGAGUUGCUACUAAGGCUAUUGACUGUCCGUUCCCCUGUGACAACAGCUGCCACAAUCUAGUGUCUAAUGAUGAUGUUGUAUCAACCAUAACAAUAUCCCAGUCCACAAGGCUAAAUAUUGCCUUCCUAACUCUGCUUAGUGCCUCUUUGAUGUCCUUGACAUAUUCAAAUACACAAUGGGGUUUUCAUUGACGAAUGAUUAUUAUCAAGUCUCCAUUAAUACAGACAUGUUUUCUCUUCUUCACUUAUUUUUGUUUGUCUCUACAUCUGCCUAUACAGUUGGUAGUCUUAAAAUGUCUUAAUAUGAACUAGAGCUGUAUUGCCACAAUGUGAGCAUCAAGAGAAGUGUUUUUGAGGUUGUUAUCCAGUUGGGAUUUAUUCAUUCAUAGUGAUUAGUAUGC